CAGAGACAACAGGAGAACCAUACAUUUACUUUGUGACGCGUGAGCCAAGUAGAGCAGAAGCCUCAAUCAUCUUCGCAUAAUUGAACAUGGUUCAAUCAAUUCAAUAUUUAACGCUACUUUGAAGAACAAAAUAUUUGCAGUACAGUGUGAUAUAUCAAGAAAAAAAAUUGCUUAAAAAUGUUUUUCAAACAGCGAUAAACGAAAAGAAAGUCGAAUCCCAAAAACGAAUGACUUGCGCUUGUUCGGGAAAAAAAUACGUGAGCGAGCAAGAAAGUGAGCUAUGAAGCAGCAUACUCUGUAACAGGCAAACAUCGAAGAGAGACGGUUAUAUCUUAUAUUUUGCGCUCUCUCCUCCGAGUUGUUUUUGCUUUUGUUUGUGUGCGUGUGUGUGCUGUGAACCACAAAACGCGAGUGUUUUUUUUAGAGAAGAGAUUUUAUUUUAGAAGAUUGCAUCUUUUUUUUUUAAUAAUUAUUUUACUGUGAUUUUUAAUUACCUUUUUCGUCAUAAUUAUAAAAGAAAUUUUGUGCUCCGGCGCAAGAAGAAAUAAUUGUAAAAUAAUUACACAUAGUAGUAGUGCAGCAUCAUCAGCUAAUCUACGAAAAUAUAUAAUAUUUAUUGAAUAGCAAACAAACAGUUCAAGUUUAUAACAUGAUGAAAAUGGAGACUGAUAAAAUUAUGGAUGAAACUAAUUCCAAUUCGCAACCUUUUACCACAACUAUGCUGUAUGAUCCUGUCCGCAAGAAAGAAUCUUCACCCACAUUUCAAGUUGAACGCGAUACCUGCUUAACAUAUUUUUCACAAUGGAACGAAACUGAUCAAGUGGAUUUUGUUGAGCAGCUUCUGUCACGGAUGUGUCACUAUCAGCAUGGUCACAUCGAUGCGUUCCUCAAGCCAAUGUUACAAAGAGAUUUUAUAUCGUUGCUACCGAAAAAGGGAUUGGAUCAUAUUGGUGAAAAUAUUCUCUCAUAUUUGGAUGCUGAGUCUUUAAAAGCUGCCGAAUUGGUGUGUAAAGAAUGGCUUCGUGUCAUAUCGGAGGGUAUGCUAUGGAAGAAAUUGAUUGAGCGUAAGGUGCGCACUGAUUCGUUGUGGCGCGGUUUGGCAGAACGACGUGGUUGGAUACAGUAUUUAUUUAAACCACGUCCUGGUACUACACAUAGACCUCACUCUUUCUAUCGGGCAUUAUUUCCUAAAAUUAUGAAUGACAUCGAAAGCAUUGAAAACAACUGGAGAACUGGCCGUCACAUGUUGCGUCGCAUCAAUUGUCGUUCUGAAAAUUCAAAAGGUGUUUAUUGUCUACAGUACGAUGACGUGAAAAUAGUAUCCGGUCUACGUGACAACACCAUUAAGAUCUGGGAUCGUGCGGAUUUACAGUGCAUUAAGACUCUCACCGGGCACACAGGAUCUGUGUUGUGCCUACAAUACGAUGAUAAAGUCAUCAUCAGCGGUUCAUCAGAUUCAACGGUACGCGUCUGGGACGUUAAUACCGGCGAAAUGGUCAACACCCUCAUACAUCAUUGUGAAGCUGUUCUCCAUUUACGUUUCAAUAAUGGCAUGAUGGUUACCUGCUCUAAAGAUCGUUCCAUUGCUGUUUGGGAUAUGACUUCACCCAGCGAAAUCACACUACGUCGUGUAUUGGUCGGUCAUAGGGCCGCCGUCAAUGUAGUCGAUUUCGAUGAGAAAUAUAUUGUGUCAGCGAGUGGCGAUCGCACAAUAAAAGUGUGGUCAACAUCAAGUUGUGAAUUUGUAAGGACAUUAAAUGGACAUAAACGUGGUAUUGCUUGCCUACAAUAUCGAGAUCGUUUGGUGGUCAGUGGUAGUUCAGAUAAUUCAAUAAGACUCUGGGAUAUUGAAUGCGGUGCUUGCCUGCGCGUGCUUGAAGGACACGAAGAAUUGGUACGUUGCAUACGUUUUGAUUCCAAACGCAUUGUAAGCGGAGCUUAUGAUGGCAAAAUUAAAGUUUGGGAUUUAGUGGCUGCCUUGGAUCCAAGAGCUCAAUCGAAUUCCUUAUGUUUAAACACAUUAGUGGAACACACUGGGCGCGUAUUCCGUUUGCAAUUUGAUGAAUUCCAAAUUGUCAGUAGCUCACAUGAUGACACAAUAUUAAUAUGGGACUUUUUAAAUUUUACACCAAAUGAAAAUACAACAGUUCGCACACCAUCACCCGCCCUCAUGGAACAUUAACAAUAUUUACUACUAGGUCAGAUGCUUCUAAAUGUUGGUAACUAACGAAACAGCAACAACAACAACAACAACAGAAACAAAAUAUCAAUUGUGUUUUUCAUUUUUUUUUUUUAAUUCGAAGGCACUGUUGUAAAUUACUAAAAAUAAAAAAAAUGUAUUCCAUUUCAGUUGUCCAGUCGAUCUCUAAUUACUUUCUCUCUCUCUCUCUCUCUCCAUCUAUGCCUCACAGUAUGUAACACUCUAAACAAUAUAAGCAAACAUGAGAGUACAUACAAUAAAAAAAAAAAUAACACCAUAAACCUUAAAGAUGGUUUAAAUGGAAAUUGCUGGGAGUGUAUACAUACUGGUAAAAUUAGAAACGCCUGCACUCAAAUUGAAAUCGUUAGGGCAAUACGAAGAUAAUAACUAGAUAAAUAUUAAGUUUGAACAUUAUAGCAAUGAAUCUUAAAAAUAUAAACCUUUUGUUUUUGGCAUAUUCACCACUUAAGCUAUUUUGCUAUAUAUGAAGUAAGACUUUCGUUCUUCGUGGCAGAAGGAUUGUUUUCCAAUCAAUCAUGCAUACUGCUCAAAUUCAAAUUAUUAUCUCUUAUAUUAUCUGCGUACCACAUACAGCAAACAAUAUACUGAAUAUACAACUGAAAUAAAUUAUCUAUUUGAAGUUUUAUAUUAGACAUAAACUAUUAUUUAAAUGAGAAAUAAAAAUUAUUGUAAUUAUUUUAACUAAAAAAAAAAAAAAGAAAUCAUUGUUAAAUGGAGAAAAAAAUAUAUAUAUAAAUACAUACAUAAAAAUCAUUGCAAAAACAAUAUGCUAUACAAGACACUCAUAACUUCAAAACUACUGGCAUUCAACAUAACAACAACAACAACAACAUUGAAACGAAACAAAAUCCAAGUUCCCCCUCUCACCUUGUCUAGAAAUGUCGGAACACAAGCAACCCUAAUAUAAUAUAAAUACAUACCUAUUAUAGAAAUACAUACUGAAGAGUUUUUAAGAAAGAAUGUAAAAUAAAACAAAUUGUUCGAAUAUCUAUUAUA